AUGGACGCCCCGCGGCUGCUGCUCCGGGCCGCCUUCGUCCUCGGCUUCCUGUGGGGUGUGCCCGGCGGUCAGCAGGCGUCCAUCCCCGCCGCGGCGUCGGGCGCCGAGCCGGGCUCGGCCAGGGGCGUGCGGGGCCGCGGGGCCGCGAGGGCGGCGCGGGCGCCCGAGUACAUGCUGGCGCUCUACCGCACCUACUCCAUCGCCGAGAAGCUGGGCAUCAACGCCAGCUUCUUCCAGGCGUCCAGGUCGGCCAACACCAUCACCAGCUUCGUCGACCGAGGGCGAGACGAUCUCUCGCUCACGCCGCUGCGGAGACAGAAGUAUUUGUUUGAUGUGUCCACGCUCUCGGACAAAGAGGAGCUGGUGGGCGCGGAGCUGCGGCUCUUCCGCCGGGCGCCCGCUGUCCCCGGGGGGCUGCCGUCCGCGCCGGGCCACGUGCAGCUGCGGCCGUGCCAGUCUCCGCGGCUGCUGGACGCGCGGACCCUGCACCCGCAGAGGGCGCCCCGGACCGGCUGGGAAGUCUUCGACGUGGGCCAGGGCCUGCGCCCCGGGCCGCGGCGGCUGUGCCUGGAGCUGCGCGCCGUCGGGGGGCCCGAGGCGGCGGCGGCGGCGGAGCCCGGCCCCGACCUGCGGAGUCUGGGCUUCGGCCGGCGCGUCCGGGCCCCGCAGGAGCGCGCGCUGCUCGUGGUCUUCACGCGCUCCCCGCGCAGGAACCUCUUCGCCGAGAUGCGCGAGCAGCCGGGCCAGGAGGCGGCGGCGGCGCCGCGCGCGGGCGUCCCGGGCUGGUGGUCCCCGGGCGCGGCGGGGAGGCGGCGGCGGCGCACGGCCCUGGCCAGCCGCCACGGCAAGCGGCACGGCAAGAAGGCGCGGCUGCGCUGCAGCAGGAAGCCCCUGCACGUGAACUUCAAGGAGCUGGGCUGGGACGACUGGAUCAUCGCGCCCCUCGAGUACGAGGCCUUCCACUGCGAGGGCGUGUGCGACUUCCCGCUGCGCUCGCACCUCGAGCCCACCAACCACGCCAUCAUCCAGACGCUCAUGAACUCCAUGGACCCCGGCGCCACCCCGCCCAGCUGCUGCGUGCCCACCAAGCUCACUCCCAUCAGCAUCCUGUACAUCGACGCGGGCAACAACGUGGUGUACAAGCAGUACGAGGAUAUGGUGGUGGAGUCGUGCGGCUGCAGGUAGCCCAGGCAGCCCGGACGCUGGGAUGAAUGGAGCCGCCCGCCCCGUCCCCACCUCCCAGCACCGUCCACAGCAUUCUCACACCUGGCCUGGUCAUCCCGGAACCAGGCAACCGAGACCAAGGAGAUUUCUUUAAUUUUCUCUCUCUCUCUGACUCUCUCUGUCUCCGUUUCUCUGUGUGACUCUCUCUGACUCUGUCCCUCUCUCUGUCUCUGUCUCUGCGUAUG